UAGCAGCUGGUUGACAGUUGACAAUCAACUGUGAGGUGCGAUGAGUUAGUGACACGGUUUUAUUUGUAUUUUUACCGUAGUGUAGUUUAUAGUUCUUCCAAUUAUAAUCCGGUCUGUCAGUGAACAGUGUACCAAAUUUGUUUUUUUCUCUGCUCUGCAUUCGCAUGAUAUUUCGCUGUUUUUAGCGAACGUAAUCGGUUUUUAGCGUCGGCAACAGGUGUCUAAAUCAAAAAGCUCCGAGUAGUUUCGCGCGUACAAAUAAUAAGACUGUUUACCGACAAAAAUUGUCAGCUGAGUCCACUAAUCAUGUGUCCGCUGUACUUCCUUGCCUUUUGAAUACAUUUUAAUUUUUAAAUCUUCACUCAUUAUUUUCUAAUCCAAGUCGGCAAUUGGCUUACUUGAUCCAUCUGUCCAAAAGAUGGAUUAUGAUUAUUUGAUUAAAUUCUUGGCCCUUGGUGAUUCUGGUGUUGGAAAAACAAGCUUCCUUUAUCAGUACACAGACGGUGUAUUUAAUUCAAGAUUUAUAUCGACCGUCGGGAUUGAUUUUAGAGAAAAAAAACUGGUGUAUCAAACAAUGAACGGCAGAAGCCAGAGAAUACAUUUACAACUCUGGGACACAGCUGGGCAAGAAAGGUUCAGAAGUCUGACUACAGCUUUCUACCGAGAUUCAAUGGGAUUCUUGUUGUUGUUUGACUUGACAAACGAACAGUCCUUUCUGGAGGUCAGAAACUGGCUGGAUCAGCUGAGGACGCAUGCGUACUGCGAAGACCCUGACAUAAUUCUUUGUGGAAACAAGUCUGACCUUGAAGACCGUCGUGUAAUCAGUGAAUACAAAGCGCGGGAACUUGCAGAGAAGUAUGGCCUAGGCUACUUAGAGACCAGUGCAGCUACAGGACAGAAUGUUGCUCGAGCAAUAGAAGUGCUGCUUGACCGUGUUAUGCGAAGAAUGGAAGCUACGGUGGACAAGUCUGUGUUGCCGCAUCAACGAGGUCUUCGCUGUCACGACACAGAUAUUCCACCAUCAACUUCGUCUUGUUACUGUUGAUAACGGCUGCUUGUAAUUCUCGCAAGAGUAUUUUUCUUCCAGUAUUCAUCCGCGUGUUUCAGCCAUAUUUUUAUGUAUUUCACGAAUUAUACGUCAAUAUUAUUUACUAGCAUUAAGAGGAAUCUCGUUUAUUCUUGUCACCGUUUUUCAGGUUUUUUUCAAUUUCAAGAUAUUGCUUGUAAGAAAACAUGUUUCGAACCAAGAGGGUCUAGAAUCUCAUAAAAAAUGAGUCGUUUCCUUUAGAUAUAUGGGCCAAAUAUUAUAGUAAAAAAUGUAUGUUGGUAUUGAAAAAAUUUUAAUGUACCCAUACAAUGCUGAAGUAAUUUUGAACGCCGAUUGAUUAUCGUCAGUUUAUAAAAUUUUCUGAUCUUAUACUAUACGUCCAACAUACGUGUAAGAAUUUUUAAGAAUAUUUACAAUUUAAAAAACAAUGAUGCAGGGUCUAAACAUGUCAUGGAUUAUUGUACUGUGAAUAAUUACGUCACAGUAUUACUGUGACAAAGGAUUUAAAAUU